AUGGGUUCGAGUCGCUCAGAUGGCUCCGGGAAAGAACGCCUGCGAUGGACACAAGAGCUACAUGAUCAGUUUGUACAGGCGGUUAAUCAGCUUGGGGGUCCCGAUAGGGCAACUCCAAAGGGUAUUCUGAAGACCAUGGGCAUUCCUGAGCUAAACAUCUAUCAUGUCAAAAGCCAUUUACAGAAAUACAGGAUCUCAAAAUAUAUUCCAGAAACGAUAGGCCGAGGCAAGUUUGAGCAUAGAACUAUUUCAGAAAUGUUGCCUAAUUUCAGUACAACAUCGGCUGCACAACUCGGUGAAGCUAUACAAAUGCAGAUGGAAGUACGAAGGCGAAUGAGUGAUCAACUUGAGGUUCAAAAGAGCUUGAAGCUUAAAAUGGAAGCCCAAUGGAGAUUCCUCGACACAAUUGCUGAGGAACGUCGAAACCGCACGACCAAUAACAUUACAAAACCGGGCAAGCUGCCUUCUGCUCCAAUAUUAUUAAUGCUGCCUUCCCUUUGCGAGGAGUCCGAGUCUAAUGCAAAAGAAUCCGAUUCCGAUUCAGAAGCUGACAAGAUCGGCGAGAUACAUUAUAAUGAUCCUGUGGAAGAAUACAGAGCUCCAAAGAGGCUUAGGGUUGAACAUCAGGAUGAUGUUUUAUCUCCGAGAUUUAACGAUAUUGCUUCACUCGAAGUGGAAUCUUACUUUCAAGGCAUGUUUCUUAAUUCAAACGACCAUCAAGCUCAAAUUUCAUAUCCUGCCGCCCAUGAUAUCAACUUUGCAUGGAAUCAGCUCACAGCCUGCAGCUCAUCCCCUUUGGUUCCCAGCUUUUUCUAG